AUGGAUCUCCCUUCUUACUCCAUCUACGAUGGAACCUUCCACCCCGCCAAGGUUGCCUUGAUUUCCUUGAACCACCUUCUGAUGAAGGCCGAGGAACACUUCAAUGUUGCCACCUUGUUGACAGCCAAGCUUUACGCUGACUCGAAGCCGUUCAAGUUCCACGUCCACCAAGUCAUCCAAAAGGCCGAGGAAAUGUUGGCUAAGCUGACCCAUCGCCCUUCCACCAUCUUCGACCCCAUGCAGUCUUUCAUUGAAAUGCAUUCCACCAGUGCCCAGGUACUGAGAGGUCUCAAUGCGGCCAACCGAUCUGUCGUCACCGAAAGAGGCGAAGACAUAGAGCUCGGAAUCUGGGAGAACGGUCUCACUGUUUCAAACCGCGUCGAGUUUGCCAAUGGCGUCUCGCUGCCCAACAUCUUUUACCAUCUCACUAUAGUUUUUGAGAUCCUUUGCAAGGAAGGUGUUCCCCUGGACGAGGAGGACUUCAACGACGGUUUCUUGUUUCUGCACCACCACGAAUAA